AUGGAUAGGAAAGAGAUAAACUUCAUUGACAAUAAUAAGCUGAUGUCUAGGUCAACUUCAUGCUAUUGAGAUAGUCCUUUAUCUACCUAUAAAUAUAUGGACACUGAAAAAGGAGUUGAGUUAGAUAGUGUUGAGCUGUCCAAAAUUACGAAAUCAAUCUUAUAUGACCACUUCGCUGCGAUAAAGCAAUACAUCGAAUCAUGCCAGGCAUACAUUGCAAAAAGUGCUUCAGUACUUAUUGAUCAAAUUGCACUAUGUGAAGCCAAAGCCCAGCAAAGCUUGAAUGAGUCUAAAAAACUAUGCAUGAGUAUAAUGCACGAAGUAAACUUUCCAUCAUCAGAAAAAAAAGGGUCAUAUACAGAAAUGGCUCUCAAGCUUCACCCCAGCAAAAUUUGUGAUAUACUCCCUGCCUGAGAGUUUUCCGAAGCUUCGAUUGAUUUGAAUUCUGUGAUAAAUUGCUUAAGUAACGCUUUAUCAGUUAGCUCUUUAAGAUCCAGUAUCGAAAGCUCAAUCAGCAAAAUUUCUGAUGAUAUUGAAGAAAUCGAAGCUAGCUUUACCAUUCCAAAUCUUAACGUAAUGGCAUCAUUCAAAAGUGGAACAAAAAAUCUCAUUGAAUUAGAUCUUAAAAAUAACUCUCAAAAAGUUACUGCUUUAGCUUUACCUGUGAGCAUGAGUGAUCACUCCAGCGUAUGCCAGCUCCCAGAUAGUAGCUUAUUUUGCUUUGGGAGUCUUUAUAGAGAAGAAAACAAAAAUAUCUUCAGCGGAAUCACUUUUAUUGUUUCUCCAAAUUAUGAUAUCAAAAUUUUAACUUCUGGUCAGCCUCGCAUUAAAUCAGGCACAAUUUACUUUGACAGCUAUAUAUUUGCUUUUGGGGGGGAUAAUGGGCAAGCACUUGACUUUGCUGAGAAAUACGAUUUUACUUGCAAUUUAUGAAAAAAAGUUGCAAAUCUUCCUGAAACUUCUGAAAACUGUUCAUGCGCUUUGUUUAAAGACGAAAUUUUGGUUUUAGUCCAGAAAUCCAAAGUAUUUUCGUAUAAUCCACUAUCCAAUUCCUAUUCAAAAAUGAUAGAGUUUCAUAAGCAUAAUAUCCAGCAGUUAUGCGUUGCUAAUGGUAAAGCAUAUUUAUUAAGGAGCAAAGCAAUUUACGAAUCUGAGUUUGAAGAUGCUACAAUGUGGAGAAAUGUGUGUGCGCUGAACACUCCGGCUGGUGACACCAUCUCCUAUUUGAUCGUAGAUGAGAGUACGGUGUUUUUCAUGAGAUAUUAUGACGUUUAUAAAUUUGACUUCAGGAAAAAAAGAAUCACUUGCAUUUAUGAGCAUGAAAAAUUUUUGGAGACUGAAGAAGACCACAAAUUCAAAAGAUGCGAAGAAGCGUACCAAUAA